UGAGACUACUAUCUCAUCUAUCACAGCCUCAAACACAGCCUCCUCCGAGCAGAUGGUACAGGUACACUCAAAUGGAGGUAAUUUCACUCUUCAAGAUGGAGACAGUCUGUACAUCUCUUCCCCCAACUACCCUGCCAACUACGAUUCCAACACCGAUGUUCUAUGGGUCAUCAACAUGCCGGAGGAUUGCUCUCUGGUUCUGAGUCUCCUCAGCUUUAACACUGAGGACUAUUUGGACCAGCUGACCGUAAGCAGUGAAUCAGAAGCUGAUCAGUCGGUUGUGGUAAUGAGCAGAUUUUCAAGUCGUCUGGGGCCGUAUAACAGAACUUAUGCUCCGUCAACGUUAAUGCGAAUCCAAUUCAGAACUGAUAGAACUCUAGAACUUUCAGGAUUUUAUGCAAAAUUAAGAGCUUCUUGCAGUGCAGAAUCUGUUGAGACUACUAUCUCAUCUAUCACAGCCUCAAACACAGCCUCCUCCGAGCAGAUGACACAGGUACACUUAAAUGGAGGUAAUUUCGCUCUUCAAGACGGAGACAGUCUGUACAUCUCUUCUCCCAACUACCCUGCCUACUACGAUUCCAACACCAAUGUUCUAUGGGUCAUCACCAUGCCGGAGGAUUGCUCUCUGGUUCUGAGUGUCCUCAGCUUUUUCACUGAGAACUCAUAUGACCAGCUGACCGUAAGCAGUGAAUCAGGAGCUGAUCAGUCGGUUAUGCUAAUUGACAGAUUUACAAGUCAUCUGGCGCAAUUCAACAGAACUUAUGCUCCGUCAACGUUAAUGCGAAUCCGAUUCAGAAGUGAUAGAACUCUAGAACUUUCAGGAUUUGAGGCAGAAUUAAGAGCUUCUUGCAGUGCAGAAUCUGUUGAGACUACUUUCUCAUCUAUCACAGCCUCAAACACAGCCUCCUCCGCGCAGCUAACACAGGUACACUCAAAUGAAGCUGUUGAGACUACUAUCUCAUAUAUCACAGCCUCAAACACAGCCUCUUCCGAGCAGAUGGUACAGGUACACUCAAAUGGAGGUAAUUUCACUCUUCAAGAUGAAGACAGUCUGUACAUCUCUUCCCCCAACUACCCUGCCAACUACGAUUCCAACACCGAUGUUCUAUGGGUCAUCAACAUGCCGGAGGAUUGCUCUCUGGUUCUGAGUCUCCUCAGCUUUAACACUGAGGACUAUUUGGACCAGCUGACCGUAAGCAGUGAAUCAGAAGCUGAUCAGUCGGUUGUGGUAAUGAGCAGAUUUUCAAGUCGUCUGGGGCCGUAUAACAGAACUUAUGCUCCGUCAACGUUAAUGCGAAUCCAAUUCAGAACUGAUAGAACUCUAGAACUUUCAGGAUUUUAUGCAAAAUUAAGAGCUUCUUGCAGUGCAGAAUCUGUUGAGACUACUGUCCCAUCUAUCACAGCCUCAAACACAGCCUCCUCCGAGCAGAUGACACAGGUACACUCAAAUGGAGGUAAUUUCGCUCUUCAAGACGGAGACAGUCUGUACAUCUCUUCUCCCAACUACCCUGCCAACUACGAUUCCAACACCAAUGUUCUAUGGGUCAUCACCAUGCCGGAGGAUUGCUCUCUGGUUCUGAGUGUCCUCAGCUUUUUCACUGAGAACUCAUAUGACGCGCUGACCAUAAGCAGUGAAUCAGGAGCUGAUCAGUCGGUUAUGCUAAUUGACAGAUUUACAAGUCAUCUGGCACCGUUCAACAGAACUUAUGCUCCGUCAACGUUAAUGCGAAUCCGAUUCAGAACUGAUAGAAGUCUAGAACUUUCAGGAUUUUAUGCAAAAUUAAGAGCUUCUUGCAGUGCAGAAUCUGUUGAGACUACUAUCUCAUCUAUCACAGCCUCAAACACAGCCUCCUCCGAGCAGCUAACACAGGUACACUCAAAUGAAGCUGGUGAGACUACUAUCCCAUCUAUCACAGCCUCAAACACAGCCUCUUCCGAGCAGAUUGUACAGGUACACUCACGGGGAGGUAAUUUCGCUCUUCAAGACGGAGACAGUCUGUACAUCUCUUCUCCCAACUACCCUGCCAACUACGAUUCCAACGCCAAUGUUCUAUGGGUCAUCACCAUGCCGGAGGAUUGCUCUCUGGUUCUGAGUGUCCUCAGCUUUUUCACUGAGAACUCAUAUGACCAGCUGACCGUAAGCAGUGAAUCAGGAGCUGAUCAGUCCGUUAUGCUAAUUGACAGAUUUACAAGUCAUCUGGCGCAAUUCAACAGAACUUAUGCUCCGUCAACGUUAAUGCGAAUCCGAUUCAGAAGUGGUAGAACUCUAGAACUUUCAGGAUUUGAGGCAGAAUUAAGAGUUUCUUGCAGUGUAGAAGCUGUUGAGACUACUUUCUCAUCUAUCACAGCCUCAAACACAGCCUCCUCCGAGCAGCUAACACAGGUACACUCAAAUGAAGCUGUUGAGACUACUAUCUCAUAUAUCACAGCCUCAAACACAGCCUCUUCCGAGCAGAUGGUACAGGUACACUCAAAUGGAGGUAAUUUCACUCUUCAAGAUGGAGACAGUCUGUACAUCUCUUCCCCCAACUACCCUGCCAACUACGAUUCCAACACCGAUGUUCUAUGGGUCAUCAACAUGCCGGAGGAUUGCUCUCUGGUUCUGAGUCUCCUCAGCUUUAACACUGAGGACUAUUUGGACCAGCUGACCGUAAGCAGUGAAUCAGAAGCUGAUCAGUCGGUUGUGGUAAUGAGCAGAUUUUCAAGUCGUCUGGGGCCGUAUAACAGAACUUAUGCUCCGUCAACGUUAAUGCGAAUCCAAUUCAGAACUGAUAGAACUCUAGAACUUUCAGGAUUUUAUGCAAAAUUAAGAGCUUCUUGCAGUGCAGAAUCUGUUGAGACUACUAUCCCAUCUAUCACAGCCUCAAACACAGCCUCCUCCGAGCAGAUGACACAGGUACACUCAAAUGGAGGUAAUUUCGCUCUUCAAGACGGAGACAGUCUGUACAUUUCUUCUCCCAACUACCCUGCCAACUACGAUUCCAACGCUAAUGUUCUAUGGGUCAUCACCAUGCCGGAGGACUGCUCUCUGGUUCUGAGUGUCCUCAGCUUUUUCACUGAGAACUCAUAUGACCAGCUGACCGUAAGCAGUGAAUCAGGAGCUGAUCAGUCGGUUAUGCUAAAUGACAGAUUUACAAGUCAUCUGGCGCAAUUCAACAAAACUUAUGCUCCGUCAACGUUAAUGCGAAUCCGAUUCAGAACUGAUAGAACUCUAGAACUUUCAGGAUUUUAUGCAAAAUUAAGAGCUUCUUGCAGUGCAGAAUCUGUUGAGACUACUAUCCCAUCUAUCACAGCCUCAAACACAGCCUCCUCCGAGCAGAUGGUACAGGUACACUCAAAUGGAGGUAAUUUCGCUCUUCAAGACGGAGACAGUCUGUACAUCUCUUCCCCCAACUACCCUGCGAACUACGAUUCCAACGCCAGAGUUCUAUGGGUCAUCAACAUGCCGGAGGAUUGCUCUCUGGUUCUGAGUGUCCUCAGCUUUUUCACUGAGUACUUAUAUGACGCGCUGACCGUAAGCAGUGAAUCAGGAGUUGAUCAGUCGGUUAUGCUAAUUGACAGAUUUACAAGUCAUCUGGCGCCGUUCAACAGAACUUAUGCUCCGUCAACGUUAAUGCGAAUCCGAUUCAGAACUGAUAGAACUCUAGAACUUUCAGGAUUUUAUGCAAAAUUAAGAGCUUCUUGCAGGGCAGAAUCUGUUGAGACUACUAUCUCAUCUAUAACAGCCUCAAACACAGCCUCCUCCGAGCAGCUAACACAGGUACACUCAAAUGAAGCUGGUGAGACUGCUAUCCCAUCUAUCACAGCCUCAAACACAGCCUCUUCCGAGCAGAUGGUACAGGUACACUCACGGGGAGGUAAUUUCGCUCUUCAAGACGGAGACAGUCUGUACAUCUCUUCUCCCAACUACCCUGCCAACUACAAUUCCAACGCCAGAGUUCUAUGGGUCAUCACCAUGCCGGAGGAUUGCUCUCUGGUUCUGAGUGUCCUCAGCUUUUUCACUGAGAACUCAUAUGACCAGCUGACCGUAAGCAGCGAAUCAGGAGCUGAUCAGUCGGUUAUGCUAAUUGACAGAUUUACAAGUCAUCUGGCGCCGUUCAACAGAACUUAUGCUCCGUCAACGUUAAUGCGAAUCCGAUUCAGAACUGAUAGAACUCUAGAACUUUCAGGAUUUUAUGCAAAAUUAAGAGCUUCUUGCAGUGCAGAAUCUGUUGAGACUACUAUCUCAUCUAUCACAGCCUCAAACACAGCCUCCUCCGAGCAGCUAACACAGGUACACUCAAAUGGAGGUAAUUUCGCUCUUCAAGACGAAGACAGUCUGUACAUCUCUUCUCCCAACUACCCUGCCAACUACAAUUCCAACGCCAAUGUUCUAUGGGUCAUCACCAUGCCGGAGGAUUGCUCUCUGGUUCUGAGUGUCCUCAGCUUUUUCACUGAGAACUCAUAUGACCAGCUGACCGUAAGCAGUGAAUCAGGAGCUGAUCAGUCGGUUAUGCUAAUUAACAGAUUUACAAGUCAUCUGGCGCCGUUCAUCAGAACUUAUGCUCCGUCAACGUUAAUGCGAAUCCGAUUCAGAACUGAUAGUUCUGUAGUGUAUCAAGGAUUUGAGGCAGAAUUAAGAGCUUCUUGCAGUGCAGAAACAACAACUGCAAGCCAGACUACAAGACAGACUACACAAGAUUAUAAUGAUAUGACUAGUGAAGCACCAUGGACCAUUGGUGGGAAUGUGGAUUCUACAGGUGGACCUAUCGCUCUUAGGGAGGGACAGGACUACUUUAUUGGAUCCUCUAGCUUUCCAAGCAACUACCCAAGCAAUGCAACCAUUCUGUGGCAAGUGACAACCUCGGACCGUUGCGCCAUCCAUAUCACUUUCAUGGCCUUCAGCACCGAGCCCAUAUAUGACUACUUGGUUGUGGGGUCGCAGGACGUAACACCCAAGAACAUGGUCCAUCGAUGGACAGGAGGGGAGGUUCCUGCACCCCUCCAUUUGAACUCCAACCAGGCAUGGUUUCUCUUCAUGUCAGACUCUGAGACGGAAGAGCAGGGGUUUGUGGCGAAGCUACAUGCUAUGUGUUCAAACUCAACAGCCUCUAUAGAGGAUGUGCGUCUGGUUGAUGGCAAUGUACCACAAGAGGGCAGGCUUGAAGUCCUUUACCAAGGCCAAUGGGGAACUGUUUGUGAGGACCUGUGGGAGAGGACGAAUGCUGAGGUUGUGUGCAGGAUGCUAGGGUACGAGGGAGCCGACUUGGAGUACUCGACCACCGACUUGUGGUGGCUCAUCAAAGGCUCAGGACCUAUCUUGAUGGAUAAUGUACGUUGCCAAGGCAACGAGUCUAGUCUUGAUGAGUGCAGCCAUCUUGGAUUGGGUGUCCACAACUGCGACCACUCCAAAGAUGUGGGUGUGACCUGCAGAACAGGAUCAGAAGCCAACCCAUCCAUUGACAAUUCAGCCAUCAUCCGCCUUGUGAACGGCAACCGGCCAAGCGAGGGCAGGGUAGAAGUAUUCCGAGGCCGAAGCUGGGGGACGGUCUGCGAUGACUACUGGGGGAUAGAGGAUGCAAACGUGGCUUGUAAGAUGCUGGGAUACGAGAGGGCCGAGUUGGCUUACAGAGAGGCCAAGUUUGGUGAGGGAGACGGGGCCAUUUUGCUUGACGAUGUCUCUUGCACCGGGAGAGAGCCCAGUCUGUUUGCAUGCGAUCAUAGCGACUUUGCUGACUGUUCUCAUGCUGAAGACGCUGGUGUGAAGUGCCUUGAGACCAGCGGCAGAGAUCUGUCGUUAGCCUAGGGGGAUGCAGACCAGAAGCAGUCCUCCCGGGGGCCCCACUUUUCAAAUACCCCAAAGGUGCCCCUUUUUAACAUAGGAAAAGUACUCCUUUUACUUUAACAAGUGGCCCUAUUAAUUUGUAUAAGUGCCCCUUCCCCUUUUAACCUCAGAUGAGUGCCCCUCUUUAUUUUGACACAUGCCUCUUUUCCUGUACAAGUUCCCAUUUUCCUUUUCAAUAAGUGUCUAUUUUCCAUUCUCAUAACAAAUAAUCCCUUUUUAAUGUUUAGAAAGCGCCCUUUUCAGGAACGAGAAGUGUCCCUUUUCACUUUUGAUAUGUGCCCCCUUCACCUCUGAUAAUUGCCCUAUUCAAAUCUGAGAGAUGCCCCUUUUACUCUGCCAAGUGCCCCUCCCCCUUUUAAUAACUACCCCCUUUUUAAUUUGGAUAAGCGGACCUUAUAUUUUCAGAAUUGCCCCUUUUCCUAAUGAUAAGAGACCCCAUUUUAAAAAGAGCCCCUUCCCAUAAAUUCCCUUUUCAGGUACUUUUCAGGUGCCCUUUCACCUCCGAUAAUUGCCCCUAUUCAAAUAUGAGAGAUACUCGUUUUACUUUGACAAGUGCCCCUUCCCCUCCU